CAGUGCGCCGUGUUUAUCGCCGUCGCCGUGGUCGUUGGUCGCUCGCGAGUGUCCGUUCGGCGUGCACGAAUUAUUAUUGUUAUCGUUAUUAUUGUCGUUAUUCGAUUGGAAUACAUAACAAUAUAUAGUCCGGAAGCUUACGUGUAUGUAUGUCCGUGAGUGCGUGUGGGUCCAGUCCCGUUUUCGUCCGCUGACAGCCGAACGUUUUUCGAAAACUCCAGAGUUCAGGCGUCUGCCGUCUGCGAUGGUCCCAGAAGGGGGUGAUUUUUGAAAAGGACUCGACACUACACGAUGUGACAGAAGAAAGAAGAAUAUUGAAAAAGAAACCGUUACAAAGCAAAAAUAUUAUUUCGAAGAUGAAAUUAUGUUUUCCAUUCCUGGUUAUCACGCUCACGACAGUGGCAGCGACGCCUUGUUUAUUCAACAGUAUGUGUACAUGCAAGACAGACGAAGCAUUAAGAAUGCACAUCGCAUGUGUUGCAGUUCCUUUGUACACAAUCCCAGAAGUAGCAACUGGUACUCGAAUAAGUCAUAUGGAUGUAAUGUCAUCUGAGAUCGAGACUGUUGACAAUGAUAUAUUACAAGGAACACACAUUGAAUCACUACGGUUAAUGAGCAACAGAAUUGGAAUAAUUUCUGAAAGGGCCUUUGCGUCAUCCGGAUCAGUUCUAAGAGCACUAGAUCUCAGCUAUAACCAGUUGGAUAAAGUGCCACUUAAAUCAUUUUUCAACAUAAAAAAUUUGGAUUGGCUUAAUUUACAUGGAAAUAACAUAGAAGUAGUAGAAACGCACUGGAAUCAUUUGCAAGAUACGCUUCAACAUUUGUUUAUCGGCGAAAAUGAUUUAAUAUCAUUUCCAGAACACUUUUCAAAACUACGAACUUUAUCUACACUAAAUUUAGACAACAAUUUGAUCACGUCUAUUCCAUCUAAUAUUAGAACUCCACCAACGCUUGAAACGUUGAGUAUAUCUAAUAACUUUCUACAAGAGUUUCCGUUGUCACUACUAGAAACUGGAACUGCGUUAAACAGAUUAUACAUUCGAGACAAUUAUAUAGAAAAUAUGACAAAAAUAAUGCCAAAUAGAUUUGUUAAGCUAGAUGUUUUAGAUUUCGGCAUGAACCGAUUAGAGAGUUGGUCAGGUCGAAUGUUUGGCGGUCGUUCGGAAGUACGAAAUUUACACUUGGAUAUGAACCGUUUAGAGUCCCUAGAUGCUAAUGCAUUUGAUGGAUUGCGGUCAGUUCGAAUGUAUCUGUCAUACAACAAGUUGAAACAUUUAAAUCACAAAACAUUUGAAGGCCUUGAAAGAAUACUAGAGUAUUUGGAUUUGGAACAUAAUAAUUUAGGAAUAAUACCUACAGCAAUAAGAACACUAAAAAAUUUAAAAUUUUUGUAUUUAUCGUCAAAUGAUCUCAAUAAACUCGACUCGGCAGAUUUCACAGGCGUGUCAUCAAGCUUAAGGUCACUUUCACUAUCUGGAAAUCUCCUUACGGAAAUUCCUAGCAACGCAUUAUCGAACUGCACUAAACUAUCACAUUUAAAUUUAGGAUAUAACUGUAUAAGAGAAAUAAAAGAAAACGAUUUUGGAGAAUGGGCAAUGCACCUUGACACAUUGUUACUGAUGAACAACAAGUUGAAAGAACUGAUCGGAAGACCUUUCAAAAACACGAAUGCUCUUCGGGAAUUAAGUUUAUCUUUUAAUAAUAUUCAUUACGUAGAUGCCGAUGUAUUCCUGGAUUUGGCUACAUCUUUAGAAAGCUUAGAAAUUAGUUUCGGUGUUUACUAUGAUAAUUUUCCAGUUAAAAUACUUAGACAUCUCAAGUCUUUGUUGUGGUUAGUGCUUGAUAAUAACGAUAUUUCAUCUGUGCCAUUUAAUGCAUUAUAUUCGCUAGAUAGUCUUCAAUAUCUAAACUUAGAGUCCAAUAGAAUAUCUGUAUUGGCUCCUGGGACAUUUAGCUCACCUAAUCAAACUGAUCUUCGUGAAGUAAGACUGAAUCAAAAUUAUUUGAUGUCCUUAGAGCCAAACACGUUUUCUAAUCUACAGCAAAUACAAACAAUUACUAUAUCUAGGAACAAAAUUAUUGAAGUUAUGUCACAUUCCUUUAAAGAACUUCCAAGACUACUCAAUAUUGACUUAUCAUUUAAUCAAAUUGAAUACAUUCAACCAUCGGCGUUUGACGGUUUGCCAAAUUUUAAACGUCUUGAUUUGCAAGGAAAUCAAUUAAAAGAACUGCGAAUGACGUCAUUUGUAAAUUGUACUAAUUCAAAAACACCAUUAUUUUUAAACGUAUCCAACAAUUGUAUCGAGAAAACACCGAUUGACGAUUCUGUAACACCCAUUCAUAUAAAAAUAUUAGACUUAAGUCAUAAUAGUUUACAAGAUUUACCAUUUAAACUGUUAUAUUUCAUAUCUAGUUCACUCAGAAACUUAUAUUUAGAUCAUAACCAAAUAACCAAAAUAUAUAACUCAGAGUUCGUAAAUUUAACAAACUUGGAAGUACUUUCAAUAACCGAAAAUGGUAUGACAUCAAUAGCAUCAAAAGCUUUUUGUAAUUUAACUUCUUUGCAAAUACUUUAUUUAUCUGGUAACAAAAUACAACAAUUAUCAUCCGAACAAUUUGCAACAUUACCAAAACUUAGAGUAUUAUCUCUAGCCCGAAAUCGACUAAGCUCAUUAAGUUGGGAUGUAUUAUCAGGAACGCCAUUAGAAUAUAUUGAUCUAUCCAAUAAUGAAUUACUCGCAGUACCGGCUGGGGUAUUAUUGAAAACGGGUGCAACCCUAAGACAUCUUUUAUUGGCUGGAAAUCGAAUAGAUCAUGUUGAUGGGACGACGUUUUUUGAUGUACCCAAAUUAGCAAAUUUAAGUUUGGCAAAUAACAAGUUGACAAUAAUUCCGGACAACACUUUUGUUGGACUCAGCAAUCUUAUUUCAUUAGAUUUGUCUUCAAAUAGCCUCAGAGCAAAUUUCAAAGAACUUUUCCACUAUGUACAAAACGUUAGGCACUUAAACCUGGAAGAUACUGGGCUAAUCGAAACGCCACCAUUACCACUUCCUAGUUUAAUUUCACUUCGGCUGUCAAAAAAUAAAUUAGAAAAAAUAUCCAAAUCUUCAAUGGAAAUGUUGUCCCGGCUCAAGACAUUGUUCCUAAAUGACAAUAAAUUAACUUCUUCUCCAUCACAUGUUUGGCCAUUAAUACCAUCGCUGAAAACAUUAGAUCUAUCUUCAAAUCCUAUAAAAACAAUAACCAAAGCAAGUUUUUCGGGUUUAUUCCGUUUGCAACAUUUACGAGUCCAACGACUCGAUUAUUUAGAUCGUUUUGAUGUGGGAUCACUAUCCAAAUUGUCCACACUCCGGUCAUUAGCCACUGAUUGGCGACCCAAUCUAGGACAAAUCGUAUGCGCUGCUGUUAAGUCAAUCCGCAGACUAUCGGUUCACGUGAAAGGUUCUAAAUUAUUUGGACCAAUAGUCGAUACCUGCGGUCCCAAAUUAGAAUCGGUGGCCAUCACUGGAUCGAAGUUAAAAUACGUUGACCAGCAGAUAUUCUCAGGUCUGGAGCGAGGGGUUGGCGAACGAUUAACAAUCAGCAUUCGGUACACUGCAAUUGAAGAUUUGCCUGCCGAUCUGUUGCUACCACUGGUUGGUGUACCAAAACUGGCAUUAGAUUUAACCGGUAACAAGCUUACAUCGCUCAAUCCAUUGACCAUAUAUUCCAAUUACACUACAUGGGAAAACUCUGGUACAAAUAUAUUGAAAGGCGGUCUGUACCUGGACGACAACCCGCUGCAGUGCGACUGCGGACUGCUGUGGCUGGGCCAGUGGCUACGCCGGUGGCUCCGGGAAGCGGUGCAAGUGCACACGCUGGGCAUGGCCGAGACGCAACUGGCGCAGUGGACGGCCCGGCGGGCCACGUGCGCCGACCCCAGAAACGGCGGGGCCCGCGUGCCCGUGGCCGACAUCUACCCGGAGGACUUGCGGUGCAAGGCGAGCGCGCUGAGCGGCAGCGGCACCGGCAACACGGCGGCCAAGACGUCGCACCUGAUCGUCUGCCUGGCCCGUUCGCUGGCCGUGUUCUACCUGGCCACCGUCUGGUGCAACGUCUACUGAACGGACGAGACGCGUACAACAGCUCACUGCGCACACCGUAUAAUUAUAUUAUUAUUGUACCGUCGUCGGCGCGUCAGUGACGUGGUCGGUCUCCGUCGGGGCGGGCGAAAACGGCAUUCCCGUGGUCGUUUUUCCUUUUUUUUUUUUACCGUUCUACUCGUAAAGUGUAUGUUCUUUUUUCGACCGGCAAUAUGUAAAGUGUAUAUAUAAGUGAGUUCAAUCCGCCCCUCCCCCCCCCCCAAAAAAAAAAAACGUCACUGACUAUAUGCACCCCCCUCGGGACGCACAACCAGCGGUGCGCAACUCGGAUUGAUGACGGCGCCCGUGUGUCUCCGUGUGCGGCGGUAGGGUCGUGUGUGUGUGUGUAUAUAAUAUAUGUAUAUAUAUAGACGAUAGAUUCGGGUAAAUCAUUUUCUAAUCCAUUUUUAAACGAUGCCUCGUCCGCCGCACCGAUUUUUCCUCUGCCGCCGAAAGAUUACGCCUGUUGUGGGGGCGAGCACAGACGUCGAAAAAAAAAUUAUUAUCACUCAGUUUUAUUCUCGUCGCAGGCGGGCCGCCCGCGAACCGGAUCGUUUUCGGCAAAAGAAGGGUUGACCCCACUCGUCUCGGCGCUCCCCGCGCGUACUAGUGGGGGGGGGGGGGGGUAAUGGGGUCGUGUUUGCAUACGGGCGUGACCCUAUACCGCGACCCGAUAAAAUGUGAGCUAUUUUCCUAAUCUAAACAUAUUUUCCCACCUUUAUCUCCGACCAUUAACACACACGCGCGCGCGCGCGUAUACGGCAGAAGUCACGUCGUCAUAUUUCCGAUCGUAAAACACGUACGGUCCACCCUCGGCGAACCAUAAUCCAUACCGAGACUCCUGUGUAGGUAUACUGUCCUACCGCAACCACGGUACCGACGGAACGCGUAUACUAUAGCUAUACCGUCACACCGUGACAGACUCGUAAUGGUUUUCGUUUUGUUUGCCGCCCGAUCGCAAAAAUAGAAGCUCGCAGAGAACCCUCCGUAAUAUUAUAUUUAACGUCAUCACUGUAAGUAUAGUCACCUAGUGAAUUCGCGAAAUUACCAUUCGGGUUUGUAUGCAUUUUAAUACGUUACGUCCGGUGCGUACACGAAGAAAACGCACCGAGUAUAAUAUUAUGGUACGAAUUUUCAGAUAUCAGAGUGUGUAUGUUCUUAUAGGUUAAGUAUUAUUACGAUGUCAUAACUAUUAUCUAUACUUAUAAGAAUGUAUUAGGUAAUACGAAACCGACUAUCAUCGUUUAUAACUGUCAGUCAAAAUAAUGUUACAAGAAUAUUGCGAUAUUAUAUUUCAAUAAAAUGUCAGUUAAUUUGAAUAAUCUUAAAGUGAUUUUAUGUACCGAACGAAUAAUAAAAAGAAAAUUGGAAUUUCCUGAACUCUGCUUAGAUAAUAAUUAUAAUAAAAUAUUAUAACUAAUAAUAAUAAUAAUAAUAAUAAUAAUUAAAAAAACCAAUUUUGUUUCUGAUUUUUAAACUUAAAAUAAUAUUAAUAUAAAAUGAUUAAUAAAAUCAUUUUAUUUCGAUGAUACAUACCCCUUGAAGAAAGGGUAAAUUUUACGGUCCAUGGUCCUUUUUUUUUCAAAUAAACGCAUUCAUUAAUUUGAAUAUUAAAAAACAACUCGUUAUACCAGAGUAAUGAUUGCAUCCCGUACUACAUGGUUGGUUGACAUUUUACAUGCGAUUUUUAUGGUUUAAAAUAAUAUAUAUAAAGGAUUUCGUUGUAUAAUAUAUUGCAGUUUAUUUGUAACAUGCAAAUGUUUGCUUUAGUUGAAUUGAUUAAAUCGGUAUACAUUAUUAUGUGGACUGCAAAGUAUAUAUGUACUACUGUAUACAAACACGAGGAUGUCAGAUAGAUUCCGAUUGAACUACGCUGGAUACAAUUAUUUAUCCAUAUUUUAUUUCCUCCGCGAAAGCGUAAAACAUGCCUUCCCUUUUUGUCUGACAUUAAUGAAAUUUAAAAGAAAAAAAAGUCCUUAAAAAUCACAACGAGAUCUAGUAGUUUUAUCUACUAUUUUAUUGCAAACUCAAGUUAGUUACGGUUGACCAAUUUGUAUCUGAAUAGUUUUCAGUCCUUUGACCGUAUUCAAAACGAGUCAUAUUUUAUGUAAAACAAAAAAAAGACAAAAUAAAAAAAGUCACAUCUUUUUAUAUCUUGAAAGGGGACUUUUUUAUUUUUUUUAAAAAACUGAAUUGAAAUAAAUGUAAACCAUUAGAUCGACUUGCGAUCACAUAAAAAAUAUCAACGAAGAUAAAAAAUAUAUAUUUGUUUUGUACUAUGUUUAUAAUAUAAUAUAUAAUAAUAUGUACGUAUAAUAAAGUUAUUGUUGUUCAAUGAAUAUUUCGCGUUAACUAUUCACGAGUUGUUCAAGAAGGAAUAAACGUAUUGUUUUGUUAAUAAUUCAUGUCCUCCAAUGCGCCACUUCAUCCUUCCAAUUAUUUAUAUUAUACGGUAGAUUUAUUUAUUAUUUGUUUUUACUUUUUAAUUCAAUAUAAAUAUUUAUAGUUUUUGUUGAUAAUAUAAUAUAAACCUGUAUACAUGUAAUGCUUACAAUUUAAGACAGCUUUGUUUUGUAAAUAAUAAUAUACAUAAUUAUUUAAAUAUGAUAAA